GUUUUGUUUACAAAUAACUUUACAGAACGCGAAAAAGUGAAGUGCGCGCGGGUAUGCAUUCAUUGUAUAUAAACUUGUACACGGGCACGUACAGACCAGUGUAUGUAGACUGCUGUAGUAGACGGUAGUAGAUAGAUACAGGCAUGCUGUCUUCAGAUCUGUACCAUUAUCUCCGACUUUUUGGCUUCGACAAGAAUAGAGAACCGGAACUAGAGGAAGUGGAAGAUGAAUACGGCUGGGCUCACCUACCUGACAUUCUGCUGGAGGACAUCUUCGCUAUGUUGACCCCCAAAGCCCGCCAUCAGGCGUCGCGUGUGUGUAAAUCAUGGUACAAGACAUUUUACUCUCCGCGCGUCUGGGAGACAUUUCUUUUCGAAGAAGGAACUCUCACGAGACGACGAUAUAACUUGUUCAAAGGAUUCACUCGUGAGUUGUGUCCAAGAAAGGCACAAAACUGUCUCAAUAGUGUCGGGACGCUUUUUAAAAAGAUCAUUAUUUGUCCGAUCAGUGACUUUUAUAAUCUUCUUUUCUUGGGUGUCCUCAGCUCAUUUCUCUCGUUCUUUGAAGAAUUUCCUAUUCCCCUGCUGCACACUUUCCAGUUUACGUUUGCUUGCGAAAGUCGCGGUAUCAAUGGAAACAUGGUGUUCGGAACCGGCGGGCAAAUCCUCCAAGAACUCAACACACUGAUAGCCUGUAUCAAGAACCUCAAAACCUUGAGUAUCAAUCAACUUUUGCUUGCGGAGGAGGACGUACCUGGCUUGUUUGAGGCCGCUCUUAAAUACAAUACCGAAUCUAUUCGCUUUCUUGAGAUCAUCAACUGUGCAAAAGCUGACACUCCAAUUCCACAAUUGGCAAGAUUCGAUUGUCUUCAGCGUCUCACUGUGAGUAAUCAGCACGUUGAUGACGAGGUAGCGAUCCUAUUGGCGGGAACAGGGCUCUCUGACCUUCGUCUUGUUCAGGAUAAGUACACGUGCGCCACAGAGCCUGUUUCAGCAGACGCCUGGCGUAUCAUCAAAGAUAUGGCACCGUUCCUUAAGGUCACGCUAGAAAUUCGUGGAAAGUGUAAAAACUCACUGUUGCUUCAGCCACAUGCACCUGUGACUAGUAUCGUUUACGACACGCCCUACUACAAAAUUUCGCAUGCAGAUGCAAUGGACUUUGUCCACUUCUACAGUAAAACUCUUGAACUGUUUAUCCAGAAAGGAAUCCCGCGUGUCCAUGGCCCCAGAUCAUUCCACGAAAGAGGAGAUUCUUCUUUUGUAAUGAUGGUGAAAAAUUGUCCGAAGCUCAAAACCCUCAUCAUCAAUGAACGCAUAUCAACGGCAACUGUUCUCUUGCUCUCGCACGAGGGAAGGUCAUUGGAGACGUUCCUCGUACGGGCAAACGCCAUUAUCAAGCGGUCGGACUGGCCACGCGAUCGAGACUGGUCUGAGGAAUUUUACAUGAAAUUAAGAACUAAUGCACGCUGUUAUAAUCGGAUGGAAAACGAAGUUGCGCAGAAACACGAUUGGAAAUGGCGGCCUUUGACGGACAGGGAGUUUAAAAAUAUGAUGUAAAAUAUCAGGUUUGAAAGCGUCGGAUUAACGAGUUCAAGUGUGGUGCAGGACAUUUUUGUUUUAUACAUAUUUUUUAAUGAUUUACAAGUCAGUUUCGAAUAUUAUAUAAAAAUUCAUAAUGACUUAUUUGAUGUGCCUAUUCGUCCAACCGUCAUACUGACCUAUUUUCACACUUGUCUGCUACAGUACUCUCGAGAGACCGUGCUGAUUCACUCGUGCGAAUAUGGAUGUUGUGAUCUUUCUCUGAUUUUUGCAUGUUAUGUUGUAAGAGAUCAUUUUUAUGCUGGAGCCAUGUUGUAUUUAUAUUUGCCUCGUUUUGAUAAAAAAAAUGUCUUAA